GACUCACGACACCCAACUCCAUAUAAUACCUAUACAAGUUUCUACCAAAGAGAAGUAAAGUAUAUAUAUAUAUAUAUGUUUCUACACUGUACACAUACAUCAAAGGCAUAAAUGUGUAUUAUAAGCCUGCAAGCCAACGGCAAGUCAUACCCAGCACUCGUCCAAGUACAGUACUAAUACACAUAAAUCCAGCAUUGAAGAUUCAAGAAAGCAUUGUGAGUUGUGAGCAUAGUGAGUUUGAGUUGUGCAAGCAAACCAUCAACAUAUCAAGCAAACCCAGCAAGCACUGAGCGUCCUCGGCAUCCGUAGUCGCCGUUCGCCGUGUCGUCGUCUAGUCAGUCAGUGAAUGUUAAUCAUAUGUGUUAUUAUUACCUAUAUAUUAUGUCUUAACAUUGUGGGAGUAGAAGAUACUGAUCAGUACGAGUUAGAGUAACUCAAUAAAUAAAACAAAAGUAUUACGUUAAUAAUAAAACAAUGUCUACGGAAAAUCAUAACGGCAGCACACCCCACGCAAAUGGCAGUGUUAAAACAGCUAUUGGAAGCAGUUUAUCAAGUGUAUCAGCGUCACAGGCAUCAAUGACACAACCCAGGACACUAUCGUCGUCAAUAACAAGCAACAACACCUCAUUUUUGUACAGCAGUAACUCGACAUUGAACCGUGAAAAAUCUCGACAAGCUCCACCGCCAACGCUGCCGAAAUACACAUCAAGUUUUAACGCCGGUACUAAUGGCAAUGCUACUGCUGAUCGGCUUACACGGGAUCGUGAAACUGGCAGCAGCUAUAGGCUUGCCAGUUUAGAUCGACUUGCUGUAAGACAACGGAUCCUCGACGGAGAGAAACCCAACGGGGAUAUUGCGAAUUCGAUGCAAACAAAGCGUGAGCUGUUUUUUAAAGGCGAGAGUGGAUUGACGACGUCUCCUACUGUCCCGUCUGUUCCGCCUCCACAGCCACCGAAUGCAAUGUCAACCACACCAGCCGGAGCAACAAUAAUACCAACAUCAACAACAACCGGAGCAGCAACAAUAAUAACCGCGACAACGACAAUGACAACAACGCCAGUGCCAUCCUCAACAGUGCCACCGGUCGCAUCGGUUAAACCGCGGUUGCCCUCUAAUAUGAGUGUCGACCAGGAAGACAGCAACAAACGUGACAGUAAUAAAGAAUCUGCUCUGCAAAUUCAUCUGCGUCCAGCAGCUUUGCCAUCAAAGCCACGUGAACCAGAUGGUUAUGUUGGCUUCGCUAAUCUGCCUAAUCAAGUUUACCGUAAAGCUGUCAAAAAGGGCUUUGAAUUUACUCUGAUGGUUGUCGGCGAGUCUGGAUUGGGUAAAUCAACCCUCAUAAACUCACUUUUUCUUACGGAUGUUUAUAGUGCUGAAUAUCCAGGUCCUAGUCUACGGGUUAAAAAAACCGUCGCUGUUGAGACAAGUAAAGUCUUGUUAAAUGAAAAUGGUGUUAAUUUAACACUUACUGUUGUUGAUACUCCCGGAUUUGGUGACGCUGUUGAUAACAGUAAUUGUUGGGUACCAGUAAUCGAGUAUAUUGAAUCAAAAUACGAAGAAUUUUUAAACGCAGAGUCACGUGUGGUCAGAAAACAAAUACCCGACAGCCGUGUACACUGUUGUCUUUACUUCGUCGCGCCGUCGGGUCAUGGAUUAAAACCGUUGGAUGUUGAAUUUAUGCAACGGCUUCAUGACAAAGUUAACAUCAUUCCUAUCAUCGCUAAGGCUGAUACAAUGACUCCUGAAGAGUGUGCACAAUUUAAGAAACAAAUAUUAAAUGAAAUAGCGCAGCAUAAAAUUAAAAUUUAUGAGUUCCCUGAGCUUGAAGAAGAAGAGGAAAAUAAAUUCCACAAGAUUCUGAGGGACCGAGUACCAUUUGCCGUCGUUGGUGCAAACACGGUCAUUGAAGUUGAUGGUAAAAAAGUUCGUGGCCGUAAAUAUCCAUGGGGUGUUGCCGAAGUUGAAAAUCUAGAGCACUGUGACUUUAUCGCCCUCCGUAACAUGGUCAUCAGAACGCAUUUGCAAGACUUGAAGGAUGUGACAAAUAACGUUCAUUACGAAAAUUUCCGUUGCCGUACAUUGGCUGGUGUCGGGGUUGACGGCAAGCCGACGAGAAUUUCUAACAAUUUGUGCCCUCCUGGAGUGAUGAACAGUUUCAUGACAGUGUGGAACCCUCUGGCGCAGUUAGAGGAAGAGAAGCGAGAGCAUGACGCUAAAAUGAAGAAAAUGGAAAUGGAGAUGGAGCAAGUUUUCGAGAUGAAAGUUAAGGAGAAAAAACAGAAACUGAGAGAUUCCGAAGCUGAUUUACAAAGAAGACAUGAACAAAUGAGACGAUCCCUUGAACAACAAUUACGUGAGCUAGAGGAUAAAAGACGCGCUUUCGAAGCUGAGAGGCAGGUUUGGGAGCAACAAACUGGGCAAAGCAUUGAAGAACUACGCAGACGUAGUUUGGAUAAUAAUUCUAAAGAGACGGGUUCAGUUUCGUCCGAGGGAUCUGCCGGUGGAGUUGGUACACUCAGAAGUUCUCGAGGAUUGGGAAGUCUUCUUCGUCGGCAUACCAGUUUCAAAUCGCAAGACAACCCUACACAGAUACAUCAGCUUGUAAUACAGCACCCCGAACAUCCUUAAAUACUAUUUAUAAUAAUAUACUUACAACAUCUAAAUACCAUAGAGCUUAAUUUGCUUAAUUUAAGCGAAACAAAAAAAAUCCAUUAUUAUUAAUUAAUUAAUCAAUCAAUAUAUUAAAACUACUAU